UUUGUGGUUCCUGCCGGCUGGUUCAGGGUGGCGCCACUGUCUCCGCAACGGUAACAACAAUCACUGCCAAGACUAACGGUGUCUCCCAUGGCUGCGUCUGCUUGUACAGUUCACAGUUUCUCUCAUCCCCAUGUAGCCUUCACAUCCCAAUGCAUCCCAACCCUAUCUACUCCCAACAAUAAAACUUUGAGUUUUCCCAGAUACAGAAGCAACACUGUUGCUGUCACAGUUCGCUUUUCGACUAGAGCAGCAAAGAGUGACAGUAGUGACAAAAGGAAAGAAGUUUUGGAAGAAGAGGAGGAAGAGGAGCUGCCAUGGAUACAAGAGAAAGCAUUAGACCUGGUUGAGUUUACCGGUUCUGUGACUCAGGCAAUUCCUGGCCCUAGGAUUGGAUCUACCUCUUUCCCAUGGAUUCUUGCGGUGCCCUUGACUUACUUUGGCAUCACUUUUGUCAUUGCCUUCGUCAAAACCGUCCGCAAGUUCAAUUCACCCAGGGAGAAGCGUAAAAAAUUGGUAAACAAAAAUGCUGAGCUAUGCAAGUCAAUCGAUGAGUUAUUUGAGAAAGGAAAAGAUUAUGUUGAGCCUUCAACUUUGAAGGGACUGGCACAAAAGACAGGUUUUGAUAUGGAGGAGAUUUUCCGAAAAUAUAUUCGGUACUCCUUGAAUGAGAAGCCAUUUAGCCCGGAUUUAAUAGCAUAUUUAAUUCAGUUGAGGAAAGCAUCAAUGCUGACUGAUACUGAAGUAGCUGGAAUACUGAACGAAAUUUCACGUCGAAUUGUUCAAGACAAAGGUCCAGUUGUUAUGGAUAUAUCAGGCUAUUCCGAGAAGGGUUUGAAGCGAAAACUUGCUGUGCAAACUCUUUUUGGGAAGAUAUAUUAUCUCUCUGAGCUUCCAGAAUUCUGCUCAAGGGAUAGCUCCUUAACUGUUAAGGAAAUAUUUGGAGUGGCCGAUGAGGAUGCUGAAAAGCUUCGGUUACAUACCAUCCCAGAAGCUGGGAACAUGGAUUCACUUGAGAGGAUGGUGAACGGGUCAGAUUCAGAGUAAUGAUUCGGCUACUGUUUCUUGAUUGACGUACACUUGAGUGUAGAGAAGUUGUAGGUGUGGAGAGUAUUGCAAGAGAAGUGUAUUCCUUCUGCAGUGCCCAAAACAGCGGAAAAAGAAAAGUCAGAAGUAAGUCAGAACAUAUACCUAACCACCAUGAAGCUUGUCUAGAAUUGCUUCAAUUUUGUGCCCACAACACUUGUGAUACAAAAUGCUUGUGUUUGUUGUUUCCAGGGAAAACUACUUUUUGACAUAUGGAGUAGUUUGAAAAAUAAUCAUCUUCAGUUUCCAUAGUAGAUAUAGUUUGAAAAAUAAUCAUCAUCUUCAGUUUCCAUACUA